CCUUUAAGAGAACCAUGGCACCGCUCAAGCCGAGGUAGACAUUUUUCAAUGCAAGCUUUUUUUCUUGCAUAAAUUAUGUUCAUGACGUAGUGCCAAAUGGCAAUUUUGUGGCAAUUUUGCGCGACUUUACAGCCGAAAUGGGAUUUUGCCAGGCAGCGCGGAGGAUUUUUGGGGAUGUGCACAGUUGCAGAGAGGGGCAUCGUCAUUAAAUAUUAAGAGAGGAGAUCCUCACAUUGCAACCCCUCCUUAUCAAUGCAAAUACCUCUUUUGUGUGCAGUCACAGCGCCUGUCUGGGAGCUGAGAUGAAUUUUUAAUUAUGUGUGACUGAAACAAACUGUGACAAGAAGCCGGUAAAAGAGCGGGGGAUUACGGAAAAUAAGCUGCACGCAGGCGGUAAGUUGAAUUAUAAUAACCGGACAGUGCUCCGUGGAUCUGCGCCUUACGCGCAGCGGCAGCAGCGAAAUGGCGAGAGGAAAUGAGUUUUGGUUAAUAUGCAAUGCUCGUAAUUAGCAUAAUUUAUAUAUUUAUGAUAAGGAGAGGGAAAUAUAUUAUAUUCGGUGUCAAGGCGCGGGUCGAGAUGAAAUCCGUCGCCCGUACUCGGUGCUGAGUGUCCGUGUUUAAAAGUGGCCGAGGCGGCGAGACUUUUAUUGGUCAGGAUGGGGGUGGGGAGAGCACCAGGAGCCGCUGAAGUUUUGACAGAUCCUCAGUCCUAACGGGACACUGCAGCAGGAGACACAUGCACCCGGGGCUGUGUGCCGAUCCCGGAUGAAUCUGUAACCAGUCCGUGUCUCUGGUCAUUAGUCUCUUUCCUUCCCUUUUGUGUGCAGUUUGAGAGCAGCACACUGAGGCCUGUUUAUAGGCCCCCUCCAUACAGUCUGUUCCAGCAACGACAAGAAUAGCCAGGAAUUAAAAAAAAGAAAAGAAAGAAAAGAAAAGCAUGUGGUUCCGCUUCCACCAUUUGACUCUGAACUCACGAGCCAAGGAAAAUCAUAGCUGGAUAGACUUAUGGAGUUUGGGAUUUAGGCCUGAACUUAAUCACAUCCUUACCACCAAAAUAGUUAUAUUGAUUAUAGAAUGCCAGCAGCACCGUAGCUGUGGUUGUGUCACGGUGAACCAUGAACUCCCAGAAUCCCCCUGCCAAAGAUGCCCCUCUCACUGUGAAUGAGCAGGUCAUUGUGAUGUCUGGCCAUGAGACUAUCCGUGUGCUCGAGGUAGAGGUGGACACACCUCUGCCAUCGUCAGUAUCCAACGUGAAGUUAGAAGGGAAGGCUGAGGAGGCAGCGGCUCAGGCUGUGGAUCAUACCGAGGGUAGAGGCACCCAGGAUGGCCCCACUUUGCCCCAGAGCUCUAGGGGAUUCGUGCUGGGUGAACAACAGGUGGUGUCUGUAGAGGCUUCAACCCCUGCUGUCCAAACGCUGACUCCUGCUGUUCCCAUCAGUGUGGCCCUGUCUCAGCCCCAGGCUGCCAUGCCCAUCACUGUACAAAACUGCCCCCAGGUGCUGACCCAGGAGAGUCUGGCCACUCUGAUGACUGGCAUGAUGGCUCAGACGGGCACUCUGGGCCAGCCUCUGCUCAUCCCCUUCAGUAUGGCAGGAUCCAUCGCUGGUCAAGGCAGCCUGGCUGUUCUCACCCUCCCCACCACCAGUGUAGCUACUCUGCCUGGGCUGGCAGCCGCUAACCCGGCUGGAAACCUCCUCAAGCUGCCCUUCGCUGGUCUCCAAGCUGCAACCGUCCUGAGCUCAGUCCAUCCUCAGCUGCAGGCCAAUGCACAGACGUUGUUCCAGCCUCAGACCGCCUCCAUGCAGCAGGUCCAGGCUGCCGUGCAGCAGGUGACGUCUCACCCCACACAGGCCGCCGCUGCCCAGGUCGGUGGCACUCAGGUGGUGGAAACUCCGGCCACGCCGGCCACAACCAGUGUCUCUCAGUCCAACAUAUCUGUGGCAGCGCUGCAGACUGGGGGGCUGUCCUUCAACCCUGCCAUCAUCAACGCCGCCUCACUAGGAGCGCAGCCACAGUUCCUGAGUUCCCUCGCCUCCACCCCCAUCAUCACUGGAGCCAUGACCAACAUGGCUGGCCUCACCAGCCAGAUCAUCGCAAAUGCCCAGGGACAGGUCAUUGGAACGCUCCCUCUGCUGGUGAACCCAGCCUCUCUCGCUGGAGGAGCUGCGACUCCCACCCUGCCCCUCCAGGGUCUCCAGCUCCAGACUGUCACCCCGCAGCUGCUGCUCAACACCCAAGGUCAGAUCAUCGCCACUGUCGGGAACGGACCGGCCGCAGCUGUGACUUCUGCUGCAGUCAUUCCCAAACCGACGGCUCCGCCCACACUUUCCAAGCCGAACACACAGGCCGCAGCCACUACAGUCACUCAGUCUCCGGUUGUCAUAGCGCCGCAGCCAUCUGUACUGAAGAGCGCCACCACACUGUCCUCCACAGUACCCAUCACCUGUGGAGACAUAGCAAAAGUGGGCCAGCUCAUGAACAAACCACAGCAGGUAGUCAGCGGCGAGGAGAGCAUUAAUCUGGAGGAAAUUCGAGAGUUUGCCAAGAAUUUCAAGAUCCGGCGGCUGUCCCUGGGGCUCACUCAGACACAAGUAGGGCAGGCGCUGACCGCAACAGAAGGUCCGGCCUACAGCCAGUCGGCCAUUUGCAGAUUCGAGAAGCUGGAUAUAACACCCAAGAGUGCCCAGAAGCUAAAGCCAGUGCUGGAGAAGUGGCUGGCUGAGGCCGAGCACUGGAACCAGAAAGGCCAGCAGAAUCUGAUGGAGUUUGUCGGCGGCGAACCGUCCAAAAAACGGAAGCGGCGCACAAGUUUCACGCCACAGGCCAUAGAGGUUCUCAACUCCUACUUUGAGAAAAACGCCCUGCCCACGGGUCAGGAGAUUACUGAGAUAGCACGGGAGCUGAACUAUGACAGGGAAGUCGUGCGAGUGUGGUUCUGCAACCGGCGACAGACGCUGAAAAACACGAGCAAGAUCAACGCCUUCCAGGUUCAGUAGCGGACUGAGUGUGGAGGAUUUCUUGGACUGGGAUGUUAACAACGACAACAAGGACCUAGAUGUAGAAAGAUUUGUAAAUAACUACAUUUUAAUUGGAUGGAAUAAGAGACAAACACCCGACUGAAAUCUUCGGAGAGGAUCUCACGUCUCAUAAAUCAAACUGCAUGAUCCUAAUACACUGAGGAGCCAACUGAAGUGUGUGGUACUAAAAAAUACAAACAAAGGUUUUAACUUUUAUACGAGUGGUUUUACAGGCCGUCCUUGUGAGGAGGUGGUCAAGCACUGAUUAACACUUUUAUUUCACUCACAUCGUCGUGGCAGAAUGACUGAACGAAACUGACGUUUAAAUAAUGGUUCCCCAACAGAGA